ACUCUGAAAAUAAAUGUCAAUGUUUGCUAUUACAAGAAGUGCAACUGUGUGUUGUGGAUUUUUAGGUUUAAGAUUAACGCGCAGAUAUAUUUUUACGUACAAAAUGAGUGAAAAACCCGCAGAUUAUAGUUUAACCAAUGGAUUCGAGAGCAAAACUCCUUUCUUAAUAGGUGUUGCCGGAGGUACUGCUAGCGGCAAGUCAACAGUAUGCCAGAAAAUUAUGGAGAAGCUUGGCCAGCAACAAAAGGAACAAACAGAAAGGCGAGUGGUAUGCAUAAGUCAAGACUCAUUCUACCGUAGUCUUACACCAUCCGAGAGGGUACGGGCUGAAAGAGGUCAAUUCAACUUUGAUCACCCUGAUGCAUUUGAUGACAAGAAACUAUUGACAAUAUUAAAAGAAAUUCUUGCUGGCAAGAAAGUUGAAGUUCCUGAAUAUGACUAUGUUACCAAUUCUAUAAGUGAUCGUUCACACACCAUCUACCCAGCUGAUGUGGUGCUAAUUGAGGGAAUCCUGGUGUUCUACUUCCCAGAAGUAAGGGACCUAUUCCACAUGAAACUUUUUGUUGACACAGAUUCAGAUACAAGACUGGCCAGAAGAGUUCCACGUGAUAUAAUGGAGCGUGGACGGGACUUAGAGCAAGUACUCAACCAGUAUAUGAAUUUCGUCAAACCAGCGUUUGAAGAGUUUUGCCUGCCGACCAAAAAAUUCGCUGACGUCAUCAUUCCACGCGGAGCCGACAAUUUAGUGGCUAUUGACUUAAUUGUCCACCAUAUUUGGGACAUUAUGUACAAGAAACGACCUCGUGUCAACGGUUGUAAUGGCUUCGACGAAGACGGCAGGCGCCUCUCAGGAAGCUCGGAAGAUACGCUUAGCCGAUGAGUAUUGUAUUAAAUUCAUAUGAGCGUAGUGUUAGGUUAGUGCAUAGAGUAUAAAUCAAGGAAUAAGCGCGGUUUUAAUGUCAACCAUUGACGUAUCUAUGGUCAUAUGAGUUAUCUAUGGCUCACGUAAUGAUUGAUUUGUAUAAUGACAGUUCUAAUACGCAGUUUCGAAUGACGUAUUUGUUGACGAGAUUUUUGGCUGAGUAUGGCAAUAUUGAGGAUUCUGAUAAAUGGCGACAGUUAUAUGCACACAAUAUGAUGGAAUUAAAAAAAAAACAACCAAUAGUUUUCGGGGUAAUAUAGCAUUGUAUUUUUAUUAACAUAGCUUUACUAUGUAUAUAAUACAGUUUAACUAAGAAAACAGUUUUUUUACCAGAUUGAAGCUAUGUAUUGUUAUAAACUUAUAAUUAUUUAACUUCAUUAUUUUUAAUUAUAUAGGAAACAUUUAAAAUUAUAUAAAAUAAUUAUAUGUUUUUAACGUUUAUAAUUAAAAGUUUUUACUUUUCGGGGUAAGGUUAUAAUGCUUAAUCUUUUUUACGUUGUUACAUAGUUCUGUAGCUAUCUGGAACUAUUAAAAUUUACCAAUUAGAAUCGGAAAUCUCUCUUGAUUUCCGUAUUUCGAUAAAAAUUGUAUCUUGGCGAAGGUAUGGUGUGGAGCGUCUAGAGUCGUUGAAUUUGAAUCGAAUUAAACAAUUGUUUUUACAAAACCGAAUUUUUUAAUAACUUUUUCUCGAGACUGCUUUAUGCUUUAUUUUCCCAUAAUGUUGAAAUAUUACGAAUAUUUUUACGUUUAUAUACUUUGAAACGAAUUUUACAUAAAGCUAUUCGUGUCAACCAUUUUAACAAUACUUAUAACCUAAUACUGUGCUCAUAUGUAGGUUACCGAUAUCAAAAAUAUGUUAUAAGCUUUCUUACUAUCUCAACAGAUUUUUGUUUACAUCAUUUGUAUGAUAACAAAACAGCACUAAACAAAUUUUGAUUACCUAAUUUAUUGGUGAUUUGAAUUCAGCUUACAUAUUUUUGGUAUUGGUUAUUUAAGAAUAACUUUUGGGAAUUUAAACUUAAACUAGGCGAUAACUUGGACUUGUAAUAUUAUACAUGAUUUCCGAUCAAAAGAGAUAAGAUAAUUAUUUUGGAGUUCAGAAUGAUUCAGUAUUGGUCUAGAGAAUUUAUCAUUAUUUGUACGGCUUCUCUGUACGAUUCACAUCGUGAUGAAUGCACGUGUGUCAGACUUACUGCUUAGCGAUUGUCAAAAUCUCGGUAUUGACAGAUGAGUCAUACUUUAGCGCUAAGUAUGGCUCAACUCUUGACGCUAAGUACAAACAAUCAAAAUCAUAUUAGAUUCAUAUAGGUAACAAUGUACACUUAUGAACGUCAAAAAAUAAAUAUUCAUUAAAUGCUUUUAAUUUUGCAUUUAUUGCACAUAAUGCACUGGCAUAAAACUGCCCGUCACUCUUUUUAAUCGCCAACUUUUUUGUUUUACACACUUCCAUGUUCCACAUGACAUCUUAAGUCAUAAAAUAAAUCAAAAGCAAAGAUUUUUCCACUAUCAACAGGAGGAUUGGUGAAUAAGGAGCACGCACUUACAUUCUCGUGGGAACAACACACAAAUACAUAGUCGUACAACUACAGUGCACUAAAAGAUUAUAGGUACUAUUUGAGACUAAAAAACGUUAUUUUUCUGAAUCACGGAGCGUAACUCGGAACGUUCCUAUUCCUUAUUCGUAGUGUUUGAGUUGAAUAAAAAGAAGUAAACGAGUAAACUGUACUCUGAUUUUUAACUCCGAAGAAUUCUGACAGCUGUCAUUUUUUGACAUGUGAUUAGAAAAAUUUUUGGCCGGGCACAUUUUUCAAUUUCAAUACAAGUCUGAACAAACAUUUUAUUUUGUAGUUAAUGUAUCAAUUUUAUUGAGCGCGGUGCUAAAAACUAAAAGUGCUUUUUAUGGCGAGUGAUAAUUACGUACUUUUUCGUAACAAACAGUAAAAAACGCACAAGUAAAGACAACAUUUUUCAAAGGUUACUAAACCUGGAAUUAGUAGACAGUGAUGCCAGCUAAAGAAUAAAAUAAUGUCAUUUAAUUUAAUUCGAUGUAUUAUUCGUCAUAUUGACAUAUUUGUUAUUUUUGUAUUAGGUCACUUGAGUAUUUAGAUUUACAUAAAAAUACGAUGCAUUUCAUUUUUUUAUUACCCUCUAAUGGCCUCAAAUUUGUCCCUUUUUUGGUGGACCACUGUUUUAGUAGCAACACUUAUGAAAUGUCAGAAUUCUACGGAAUCAGAGUUUACGUACAAAUUGUGUGCAUCGGUUUUACAGUAAGUAAAAGACCUAGUGUAGACACUAGACCAUUUCAUUAAUGAUGUAAAAUGAGAUAAUGGGAGUGAGGUGUACAGUAGAUGACACGGCAAGUAAAGUCCUGGCUAUAACCUGACAUAAAAACCGAAUAAGAUCGUAUAUAUCGCAUUUAUCAUAUGAAUUUUUGGUCGGAAAUCCUAGUAUUUAUCAAUUACGUUAUAAUAAUAUAUAGAUAAGCCUGAAUGUAAAAUUAUUACAGCAUUUAUGUAUCAUAUUUUUAUACAAUACUUUUAAGAUGUAUGUGACUAUGUUCAAGAAUAUUUUAGUUAACAAUAACUAUGUAUUGAAAUGCGUAAUCGCCCACGAAAUACUUUAAAAUGAUGGGUAAAUCUAUUAAAAUAACUGGCCAUUCAAUACAAAUUUCUUGGAAGGAUGCCAGUUCUUCUUGCCCGCCGUAUAAUUUUUCGGUUUAAAAGGGAAUUUAUGAUGUAUGAACUUUAUGCUUGCAUUGUCACCUCUUGGCAUCAGCGCCAUCUGUUAAUCGUUAUGCACUCGCUAUGUCUGUAAUUUUCAAUACGUAAAGCUGUGUGAGACCGUCUAUAAUCUAUGUGUAUUGCUCUAUUUUGUCUAUUGGCUUUUUACUGCAAGGACUGAUUCCCCCAAUUCCAGUGUGCUAAUAAAUUAAUCGAAACCUCCAAGUGACUGCUUAAUUUUUAUUAUUUAGGUUUUUUAAGUUAAUUUUAAUUACCAACGAUAUAUAAAUAAUACAUGCAUUUAUAUAAUAAAUACAGUCUCGAAUAUGUAUUAGUACAAUUGUUAUCGCAAAUAUGUUUUACUCAAAGCCAAUUUGUUUGUAUGCUUGGUAUAUUGUAACCGACAUCAAAAACAACACGAAAUGUAUUAUGUAGUAUAUUUUGUAUGUUAGUGCAUAAGCAAUAAAUAUUUGCAAGUGAAA